AUGGAAAAUAAAGACAGUCACUUCGGAAGCAUGAAACUAAUUCCAAACCCUCCUGACCUCAACGUUUGGCGGGAGCGGCUGUUCAAUGUUGAUGAGCCUAUAGCACUGACUGAAGAACAAUUCAAAACUUAUUUCCCCCACAUCGACAACGUGUACUCACAUCGGUCCACCCAAAAGUACAAACGCAAGCCCUUUGUUUCUUACUACUGGGACUGCCGUUUGAAGGGGAGACCACCAGGGACUCCCAAGUCCGAUGACCCUAAUAAAAAGAAACGCAAAAGAACAGCGCGACAGCGCGACCUAUGCGAUGUGAAAAUCAAAAUCAUGGAGUUUUUCCCGGGAGCAACACCAGCCGACUCAGAUUUAGGGAGCUCGAUUGACGUGUUGUCAACUGGAAAUCCAUCCACGGCUGCAUUCUUUGGAGGUCGGCCGGGACAAAACCAGUCUUUUGGCAUUUUGACUCCAAACCAAGCCUUUCCUCCAGGACAUCCAGGGGCCAGCGGGCAGAAAUACUACACCAUCCAGCGAGUCAAUGGCAAUGGCGGCAAUGGGAAAACAGAUGGUGUUGAAGGCGGCCACCGGCACACACUAGAAGAAAGCGACCGAGUGAAGAAAAACAGUGUGCAUAGGCACAUGCUCAAAUUAGCGAAGGAAAAGAAAGAGACGACCUAUUGCGCAACCAUGACUGACCAGCAGCAGAAGCAAACGCAGACAAAAAGUUACCACAAGAAAGCGACCGGUCAAGCUCAAUUGACCGUCAGAAACCGGUCAAAGGAUGAUGAGCUCAAAUUAUUUGCGAGUUGUUUCUGUCCUUUCGUUCAACGGGUUUGGAUAGCACUGGAGAUGAAAGGGAUUUCAUAUCAAUAUAUAGAGGUCGAUCCCUACAAAAAGCCAGACUCGCUGCUAGAAGUAAACCCCCGUGGGCUAGUGCCAGCACUUCGUCAUAAUAACUGGGGGUGUUAUGAGAGCAAUGUGCUUCUCGAAUAUUUGGAGGAUCUCGACGAAGGAGUGCCGCUUCUUCCUCCUGGCGACGCAAAGCUUCGUGCCCACUGCCGACUGUGGGCAGACCACAUUAACCGGCAUGUAAUUCCACUAUUCUACCGGGUCUUGAUGGAACAAGACACUCAAAAACAGGUCACCCAUGCCGGAGAACUUAAGGACGAGAUUGCGAAAUUAGUCAAUGCAUCACACGUCCAUGGUCCCUUUUUCCUAGGUCCUGCCAUGUCAUAUGUUGAUGUGCAAAUCGCGCCUUGGAUCAUCCGCUUGAGUCGCGUUCUGAAACCGUAUCGUGGUUGGCCAGAGCCUGAGAUGGGUACUCGCUGGGCUAAUUGGGUGCAAGCGAUUGAGCAAAAUGAGCAUGUCAUGGCUACCACAAGCAGCGAUGACCUGUACUUGGAUAGCUAUGAAAGGUAUUCUGAAAACCGUCCAAACACAUCGCAACUCGCAAAUGCAAUCAACAGCGGGAGAGGCCUGCCUUGA